UUGUAUAUUUACGUGAUUUCACAGUAAUUUUUCUACGUGUACAUUUCAACCACUCAAGAAGAACCAACUGAUUUGAAACUGGAUCAAGCCAAGUUUAUCUUAAUGACUUUAGCAACUCAACUAUGUUUUGAGAUAUUCACUAUUUAUUUUUGUUUACUGCUAAUUGGUGCUAAUUUUAUUUAGGUUUGUUUUAAUUUCAUUAGCCAGUUCUGGCCAACUUGGCUUUGUUUUUAUUUGCUUACUAUUUCUGUUCGUCUUGCCAUUUGGUUUUUGUUGCUCCUAUCUUGAGUUUGUCUUUGGAGUUUCAGUUAGUUUAAUGCUCAAUUGGAUUUCUAUUUGUAUUCUAUUUCUAAGUUUAUUUGAUGUUUGGUCUUCAUUGCUUGUUAGUUUAUUACAUGUUAAUUUAGUUUUUAAGCGCUACUUAAUAUGGUUAUAUAAACCGCGUUUCUUCCUGGAGUUCACUGCAGUUUUUAGUUCAUUUUUAAGUGCAACUACAGAAUCCAGAAUCCCAAACGCCCUGUGCUAAAUUGCAGGGUAUGCGGCUUAUAUGGCAGACGGGGUGGGUGGGGCCUCAUUUGGCGACGUUGGCGCUGGAUUAACAGCCACUGAGAGCGUCACAACAACAAAAGGCAACCCACCGACGUGUAUGGAGCGCGAUUAUGGCACCUGAGUCACCUCACUCACUGCCAGUGCCAGUGCAAUCCAGUCCAGGAGCCAUGUGGCUUAAAAGCAACUCCCUCCAGACGAUGGCAGCUCAUUUGCCCAGCAUUAGCCAAAUGCAGUCCACACAGUGCUCACAGCUCUUCCUGCUGCUGCAGUUGCUCAUUCUCACGGCCGUUUCUCGUGGCGAUGUCAACCGACUGGUGCUGGACCAGCUCAACCAGGUGGGAUUGGUCAAUCUCAUCGAGCAGGCCACGCGACCGAAUGUACCCAGAGAUCUAUCCACCUAUGACUUUAUUGUGAUUGGAGCCGGAGCAGCGGGUUGCUCAUUGGCGGCUCGCCUCUCGGAGAAUCCCCAGUUGUCGGUGGCCCUCAUCGAAGCUGGAGGAGUGGAGAACAUAGCGCAUCUGACGCCAGUGGUGGCCGGCUAUCUGCAGCAGACAUCCUCCAACUGGGGCUACAGGUCGGUGCCACAGAAGCUAUCCUGCCACGGCAUGAACAACAAUGAGUGUGCCCUGCCGCGGGGCAAGAUUCUAGGUGGCACCAGCUCCAUCAACUAUAUGAUCUACAAUCGGGGCAAUCGCAGGGACUUUGAUGCCUGGGCGGCAGCUGGAAAUCCCGGCUGGAGUUACGACGAGGUGCUACCCUACUUUCUGCGAAGUGAGCAUGCGCAGCUUCAGGGAUUGGAGCAAUCGCCAUAUCACAACCACAGUGGUCCCUUGAGUGUGGAAUAUGUGCGCUUUCGAUCGCAGUUGGUGGAUGCAUUUGUGGAGGCGUCGGUGGAAUCGGGUCUGCCGCGCACGGACUACAAUGGAGAGUCCCAGCUGGGAGUGUCCUAUGUGCAGGCCACCACGUUGAAUGGACGCCGGCACUCUGCGUACUCGGCGUACAUAAAACCAGUGCGGGAUCUGCGCGCCAACCUGCAGAUAUUCACCUUUUCCCGAGUGACACGCAUUCUGAUCGAUGAGGCAACGAAAUCGGCCUACGGCGUGGAGUUUCACUACAAAAACAAGGCCUACACCUUUAAGGCCAGAAAGGAGGUUAUACUAUCGGCGGGCACCUUCAACUCUCCGCAGUUGCUGAUGCUCUCGGGGAUUGGGCCAGAGGAUAACCUUAAGGCCAUAGGAGUGCCCCUGAUCAAGGCACUGCCCGUGGGUAAGCGAAUGUUCGAUCACAUGUGCCACUUUGGACCCACCUUUGUGACCAACACCACGGGCCAAACGACCUUCACAUCGAGGGUCACGCCAGCCGAGGUGAUAUCAUAUCUCCUGGCCGGAAACCCAGCCACGCGCUUGAGUUCCAUUGGCGGAGUGGAAGCCUUGGCAUUCUUGAAGACGCAGCGAUCGAGUUUGCCGAGGGAUUGGCCUGAUGUCGAGUUGAUCAUGGUCACUGGCAGUUUGGCUAGUGACGAAGGCACUGGCCUGAAAUUGGGUGCCAAUUUCAGGGACGAAAUAUACGACAAGAUGUACAGGGAACUGGCGCAGGCGCAACAGGAUCACUUUACGCUGCUGGUCAUGCAGUUCCAUCCGCAGUCAGUGGGUCGCCUCUGGUUGAAGGAUCGCAAUCCAUUGGGCUGGCCCAAAAUCGAUCCCAAAUACUUUGUGGCCGAGGAGGAUGUGGAAUACCUGCUGGACGGCAUCAAAGCCAGUCUAAGGAUCAUGCAAAUGCCAGCGAUGCAGCGGAUUGGCGCUAGAUUGCUCAAGCGAACGGUGCCAGGAUGUGAGGGUCACCAAUUCGCCACGGAUGAUUACUGGCGCUGCUCCAUACGAACCCUAUCCUACACACUGCACCACCAGGUGGCCACCUGUCGCAUGGGCGCCGAGAGUGACCCCACCACCGUGGUCAAUCAUCAGCUGAAGGUGCACGGCGUGAGGAAACUCCGGGUGGUGGACACCAGCAUCAUCCCAUUCCCGCCCACCGCCCACACGAAUGCAGCGGCCUUCAUGAUUGGGGAGAAGGCGGCGGAUAUGAUACGAUUCGACUGGGAGUUGAUCUAAACUGAAGUCGGCAAUAAAAACUAAGCAAACGCCAUAGAGAAUCCAUUAUCGGAUUCUUAACAUUACACUUUUUUUUACUCAAUGUAUGUAGUAUUAGUAAACCAUAGGGUUCUGGAAUAAUUAUGCAAUUAAACAUAAAUAGAAAUGAAAUAUUCAACAAACUGCGUGCCCAAAAUCAUUAAAUUCCAUAUGCGUGACCAAAUCGAUUAUGCUUUGCGAGUAUGAAGCAUCCAGUGGGAGAGGAGUGAUGAACAUUAAGGGAUUAUCGAUACCCGGUUAAGUGUAUUAUUUCAUUAAUUAUUUCAUUUUGCAAAAUGGGCAGCGAAAGUGCAGAGUAAACUCGUCUAUUA